GUGAGCACGGGGAUUGGGGCGAGGUGCUGGACAAGAUCCCUGGCAUCAGACAGGACUGACUGGAGGGACCAGUUGUGCCAGAUGGCCGACGGCCAGUUCCUGGGUGGCGUGGCCAACUGUCAUGUGGGCUCGUCUGGCAUCCUGCUCGCCUACCGCUACAUCGUUCAGCAGCGUCUGCGCGAGCUUCGCGCCCAGCGAGGCGGCAAGAAUCCGUACAAGUGGGUCGUCCUCACGAGGGCCGACUACCUGUAUGGGUGCGACCUGCCAAGCCUCCACAACUUCUCCAAGGUCGACGGCCAGCACUUCGUGGCCGACGCCUACAACGUCCCCGACGAGCAAGGCUACCGCGGGAUCACGGACCGCUUCAGCGUGCUGCCCGGCGACCUGGCAGACAAGGUCCUGGACGUGCCGCGGUACCUCCUGUCGGAGCCCGACUUCUGGAAGGAGCUCGGCGUGCACGGGCGAGGCAGCUGCCACGGCAAGAGGACCCCCCGGGGAUCUGCAACCUGGAGGGCGUUCUCGCCUCCUACUGCCAGCGCGCGGGCAUCAAAUAUCACACGUACAGGCACCCUGCCUUCACGGUGA